AUGGUCGAGGCCGGCGCGGACGUGACUAUCCUCUGCGCCAACGGGUACAUCGCUCUUGAGCAGGCCAUCUUCAGCGGCACCGCAGGGCUGAUUUCGACAUAUACCGACUUCAAGCAGUUCGGCCGCCUACCGCGGCCCAGAGAUGGGCUGGUUCGGACCUUUCAGCUAGAGAAGCCAGGAGAGGAAAACGAACUGGGCGUUCUCAUCUUCUCUUCCUACCGCUGGCUCAACUAG